AUGCAGGGAUCCAAGGCGGGGUGCUGCACGGCGGCAAAGCAGGGGCCUGACGCGUGGUGCUCAGCGCCGGCUAUGAAGGGGUCUGAGGGCGGCCGCGCCGGCCUGUGUGCCGCCGCGCUAGGGUUUGAGGUCGGCCUGCGCACCGGCGAUGGAGGGGUCCGAGGCGGCGUGCACCUGGGCGCCGGGGUGCUGAGCAUCAGCGAUGUAUCUGCGUCUUCUGUGUUCUGUAUGCGCUUUCUGCCAACAUCGAUAUGCAGGAGGAUCAAAGGUACACUAGCACCAACUGUCGUAGUUUGUUUUCAAUUGGACCUAUUGAAUAUUAUCCCAGGAGAGACAAUUACAUCUGCAAAUGCUGGCUGUGCACCAGGUGCUCCAUAA